AUGGACGAGAAACCUGUUCACGAGCUUUCUACCAAUCAGAUUGCCCGAAAACAUUUUAUUGGAGUUUCACCUAUCAGUGCGUAUGAGUUGAUUGAGAAAUUAGGUGAAGGUACAUUCGGCGAAGUUUAUAAGGCAAUAUAUAGAGGUAUGACUGUAGCAGUCAAGCGUAUCAUUGUUCACAAUGAAUUAGACGGGUUACCAAUCACUUCUUUACGCGAGAUUCGGAUCUUGAAAUCAUUACAACAUCCCAACGUUGUCCCAGUGGUAGAUAUUGCUUAUUCUCAAGGUAGCUCAAGUUUGUUGAGAAGAGGUAAUACCUAUAUGGUUUUCCCUUAUAUUGAUCAUGAUUUAGCUGGCUUGAUGGAAAACAAAUCAAUAACAUUCAGUGUUAGUCAAAUCAAGUUAUAUUCUAAACAGUUGUUGUUAGGCACUGCUUAUUUACAUCGGAAUAAGAUACUUCAUCGAGAUCUCAAAGCUGCCAAUCUUUUGAUCUCAAACGCUGGUCAAUUGCUCAUUGCUGACUUUGGCCUCGCACGAUCCAUCGCACCAGGCGAUAAGCGUGAAUAUACAAAUUGUGUAGUGACCAGAUGGUAUAGACCACCAGAGAUCUUGUUGGGUGACAGGAGAUAUGGUACUCCAGUUGAUAUGUGGGGCGUUGGGUGUGUGAUUGGUGAGAUGUUCAAAGGUGGUCCCAUCCUGACAGGCAACAGUGAUGUCAAUCAAUGCGAAUUGAUUUUCAGGUAA